AUGCUAGGGGCUCGCGGUCUCCUCCUCCCCCCCUUUGUGGAGGAAUUGUUUGGGCCUUCGGGAAUUGCUCCUCCCCCUCUUCCUCCACCAGCCUCCGCCCCUUCUCCGCCAGCUCUAGCUGUAGGGUUCCUUCAUCCCCUCCCGGCAGUUGUGGUCCCGCAGGCUUCGGCUAGCAACGUUGUGGUUAUGGUGCCUCCCGCUCGGGCAGGUUGGCGGGGUGUCGUGGUCUUGCAGGGUGCCUGGGACCACCCAGCAACCCCUCCCCACCGGGGAGAUCGACAAUGGUGGUCCCAGGCCACCUUCACCCCUCUUCCCCCGGCCGCCUUCUUUGCUGGGGCUUCGCGGGCCAAGCUGGUGGUCCUCCCAGGUCUUCCCCCCUUUGUCCACCUGUGA